GUUGACAGUUCGGCCGUGGACAGCUGAUGCAAACAAAACAUUGCCAAUUGGUGAAGUGUGAGACUGCCGGAAAGUGCAAAGUGUUGUGCAGUGAAGAAUUGUGAGUGGAUUUGCUGGCAAAAGUGGAUUUGUGGUGGUUGGGUUAUUCAAAUUACCACAAUCAUUGAAUAAAAGAAUCUAGUGCAAAAAUCAAACAAAAUCUGAAGAAAGAAAGUACCGUUGGCGCAUCACGGAGCGAAAAAUGAAGCAGAAAGAAAACAUGUCUGGUUGGGACUUCUACCAUAAAGUAUUGGGUGCCCCGAAAUAUGUAGUAGCUCCCAUGGUCGACCAGAGCGAACUGGCAUGGCGAAUGUUAUGUCGUCGUCACGGAGCACACCUUUGCUACUCACCAAUGUUUCACAGCAAUCUAUUCGCCAAGGACUCGAAAUAUCAAAAGGAAGCAUUACAAACCUGUCCCGAAGACAGACCAUUAAUUAUUCAGUUCUGCGGGAAUGAUGCAAAGACAAUUCUGGAAGCUGCUCUUCUAGCCCAGGAUCAUUGCGACGCCAUCGACAUAAAUCUAGGGUGUCCGCAGGCGAUAGCGAAGCGGGGACACUACGGUGCCUUUCUGCAAGAUGAAUGGGAUUUAUUGAGUGAAAUUGUGCGAACACUACAUGAACAUCUUUCAAUUCCUGUCACGUGCAAAGUUCGUAUUUUCGAGGACAAGCAAAAAACAAUUGCCUACGCAAAGAUGCUAGAGGCGGCCGGAUGCCAAUUAUUAACAAUGCAUGGCCGAACGCGUGAACAAAAAGGACCUCUGACCGGAGUCGCAGAUUGGAGCUACAUCAAAGAUGUGAGAGAACAGAUAACAAUUCCGAUGUUUGCAAAUGGAAAUAUUCUGAGCCUAGAAGACGUUCACCGAUGUAUGGAAGAAACAGGCGUGCAGGGAGUGAUGUCAGCUGAAGGAAAUCUGUAUAAUCCAGCUAUUUUCGAGGGCAUUGUGCCAAAAACCUGGACCAUGGCUGAUGAAUAUUUGGAUCUGGUGGAAAAAUAUCCAUGCCCUAUUUCAUACAUUCGAGGACACCUUUUCAAAUUAUUCCAUCAGUUGUUAAAUCUGAAACCCAAUGCUGAAAUUCGUGAAGCUCUCGCCGUGGCCAGAGAAAUGCCGCAAUUUCGCUUUGUAGUUAAAGAAUUACGUGACAAAUAUGAGCCGUAUCAUGAUGGUAAACUAACUUACAGCCCCGAGGAGGUGGAUCCCAGCAUAGCGACAAAUAGCGAAAUUGACUACAAUUUAUCAUUGCCACCGUGGCUUUGCCAACCUUACAUAAGACCCGCGCCAGAGGAACAUAAGAAAAUUAUAGAGGAGAAAGUUCGCAAGGCAGAGGAUCCUAAUACCAUCAAGAGACAAUACUUUGAUAAUGAAGGAAAUGAAAUAUCGCGAAAGAAAAUGAAAAAGCUUCGGAGGAAGAAUCGACGACCGGCUAAACCAGAAGGGAUACCAGAACGACGUAUAGAAGCUUGUGUACAGUGUGGGAAUCCUUUGGGUCUUAAAUGCAAUUUUAAACUAUGCAGAACGUGUUGUCGUGACAAAUGUUACAUUGGCAAUUUUGACUGUCCCGGACAUAAACUUCUAAUCAAAACCAGGCGAGAAAAGGCCAAGAAGUUCGGCAACGAUAAGGUCAUCUGCGAGGAUGCACAAUCGAAUAGUGAAUCAGAUUGCAACACAUUAGAUAAUUCUGAAGAAAAUCUUUCACAAAGUGGCUUAUAGUUGUAGGGUUUUUCUGUACAUCAUUUGCAAUAAAUGAAAAGACGGUCGGAUAAUAAUCUCGUAUUUUUUGGAGUAUUUUUCAGGGAAGAAGAAUAUAAAAGGUGAUUACUUACAUUAUUUCAACAACCGAAAGGAACAAUAAUAGAACAAAUAAACUAAGAUGACCUAGGCUAUGUGUUCAUCAGCGAUAACCCCGAUUUCAAUAUAGAUAC